AUGGUUUACAAAGCCAUUGGAAUCCUCAGACAUAUUAGUCCCAUGAAUGUGUCAGGAGUCAAGACUGUGACUGAAUUCAUACUCCUGAAUUUUCCCUGCUCCAGAGAAGUUCAGGUCCUUCUCUUCAUGCUGUUCUUUGUGUCCUAUAUCCUCACAUUGAUGGGGAAUGGGGCCAUUGUCUGCGCAGUGAAGCUUGAUAACAGGCUUCACACGCCCAUGUACACUCUGCUGGCCAACUUCUCGUUCUUGGAGAUCUGUUACAUCAACACAACUGUUCCCAAUAUGUUAAGAAAUUUCCUAUCUGAGACCAAAACCAUCUCUUUCACUGCCUGCUUCCUCCAGUUCUACUUCUUCUUCUCCAUGGGCACCACUGAGACCUUCUUACUGCCCCUCAUGGCUUUUGAUCGGUAUUUGGCCAUCUGCCGACCUCUCCACUAUCCUACUAUCAUGAGCAGCCAUCUCUGCAUGAACUUGGUGGCCCUCUGCUGGGUAAUAGCCUUCCUCUGCUAUCCAGUCCCUAUUUAUUUUAUCACACAACUCCCCUUUUGUGGCCCCAAUACCAUUGACCACUUUGUCUGUGACCCUGGUCCUUUACUGGCCCUGUCCUGCAUCCCUGCCCCUGGAAUUGAGCUUUCCUGUUCUAUAUUGAGCUCUCUUAUAAUCUUCAUCACCCUCUUCUUCAUCCUUUGGUCCUACACCCUGGUUCUCAGAGCAGUGCUGAGUGUCCCUUCAGCGGCUGGCAAGCGUAAAGCCUUCUCCACCUGUGGUUCCCACUUGGUUGUUGUGUCUCUGUUCUAUGGAACCCUCAUGGUAAUGUACAUCAGCCCAACCUCUGGAAAUCCAGCUGGGAUACAAAAGAUUAUAACUUUGUUCUACUCAUCAGUGACCCCACUUGUAAACCCUCUGAUUUAUAGUCUCCGGAACAAGGACAUGAAGGCUGCCUUGAAAAAAAUUCAGAUCUGCACAAAAAUUAGUCAGAGGAAGUGAAUGGAUAAAGAUCAGAAUUAUUAUUUUUGUUCAUUUCUAUUUCCCAUUUAAAAGUAGGUCUUUAUUCAUUUGCACCUAGAGAUGCA